AUGCCCUCUCCGCGGCCACACAGUCUUGCCCGCCUCGUUCUCGGUCUUGUCGCCAUCAUCACGCUCCUCGUCUACUUUGUCCCCUCGUCGCCCGCGCUCACGAGCCGCAUCGCCGAAAUGACCGCGCCGCCCUCCGGAGACCCCAUUGCCAAUCUCCGCGUCACGCUGGCGCAGGUGCCCGGCGCCGACCCGCCGGCGCUGCGCGCCACCAUCACCAACAACAACCCGUUUGCCGUCUCCUUUCUCGACUACGACGCGCCGGUGGACGCGCUCGCCGUGCCGCUCGGCCUGGUCGAGCUGACGCCCGGCGCGCCCCCCGGCGCCGCGCCCGUGGCCACGGAGGGCAUCGUCAAGCUGCGCCGCCUGUGGCCGCCCCUGGUCGACUUUGUGCACGAGGUGCCCGGUGGCGGCGGCACGCUCGUCUCGGAGCCCCUUUCGCUCCGACCGGACAAUGUGCCGUACGGCAAGCUGGGGGACAGGUUCUUUGUGCGGAUCAGGGGCCCGUGGCGCGCGGUCAUGGCGAUGCCCAAGAGCGAGAUUACGGGGGAGUUUUUGGAACACAUCCCCGCGAGGCCGAAUACGUAUCAGGGCUCGUACGAGUCGGAUCGGAUCGAGAUCAGGGUGGAUGCGACGGCGCUGGAGCUGAAGUAA